AUGUCUUCCUCCGCCGUCCGGCCGUGUUUCCUUUGCCUCCACGCUCCCGCUUCGUCCUCCGGCCUCCUCCUGACCAGCCGUCCGCAUCGCAGCAGCGCCCUGCCGCCGGCACAUGGGCGUAACAACCGGAAGCCCGUCGGCCACGGGAUCGUCUGCAGCCAGGCCGGCGCCGGCGAUGGUCACGCCAUGACGAUCAAAAUCAACCCCCGGGGUCGAGCGGAGAAGGAUUAUGUGAGACACUUGACCUGA